AUGGGACACAAUUUAGUUGGUCUCGAAAACCCUGGAAGAAUCUUGUCCGGAUUCAACGGGGCAUCAACUAUUUCCUUGGGAGACAUUGUGCUGCCAGUCCAAGCUGGCCCAGUUACUCUCAACGUUCAAUUUUCGGUGGUACAAGAUUUAUCACCCUUCAAUAUUAUCUUGGGGCGCACAUGGCUGCACUGCAUGAAAGCCAUCCCCUCCACAUAUCAUCAGAUGGUAAGCUUUCUCACUGAGGAUGGGCAAAUCAACCUGUACGGCAGCCAGCUAGCCGCUCGCCAAUGCUACCAGAUAGCAAGAGAAGUAGGGACCAGUCAGGAGAAUGAACCCCUCCCUGAGUCCACUCACGCACUUGACCAAUAG